GGCGGGGCCUCUGGUCCAUUUGAGGGAGGGGCAACGCUGCAUCCGGGCGGACACACUCACACAUCAGGGCUUUUGUGGGGCCGAGUUCCUCUGGGAGCAAAGGCGGCGAGAAGGAAGGGAAGAAAGGAAGGAGGGAAAGGAGCAGUCUAUGGAGCCACAUUUGUCAUGAAGACAAACAAUUAAUCAUCUAGUGGAUAUUGAAGAAUUUGGAAUUCAAAAGUGCAGUAAGGAAACCAGUCGUAUAGGAAAAAGAAAUGCUCCGAAGGUGCUGAUCUGGCUGAAUUCUUCAGCUCACUCACAGUUCAGGAAACAAAACUCGCUAUCUUGCAUUUUGAAGUACCAACAUGGAGAAAAAAACAUAUACAUGUCUGGAGUGUGGAAAGAACUUUAGCCAGCAGAAACUUCUGCGGUUACAUGAAAGAACUCACACAGGUGAAAAACCCUACACAUGUCAGGAAUGUGGGAAGAGCUUUUCUCAGAGUGCACAUCUACAUACACAUCAAAGAAUUCACACUGGGGAGAAGCCCUAUGAAUGUCAGGAAUGUGGAAAGAGCUUCACUCAGAGGGAAGGUCUACAGUCACAUCAAAGAACUCACACUGGGGAGAAACCCUAUGAAUGUCCGGACUGUGGAAAAAGAUUCACUCAGAGUGGAAAUUUACAGAAACAUCAAAGGAUUCACACAGGGGAGAGACCUUAUAUAUGUCUGGAAUGUGGGGACAGCUUCGCUGGCAAUGGAGAUCUACGUACACAUAAAAGAACUCACACUGGGGAGAAACCCUAUAAAUGCCAGGAGUGUGGAAAGAAUUUUGCGCAUAGUGGAUCUCUCCAUUCACAUCAAAGAAUUCACACCGGGGAGAAACCCUAUGAAUGUCCGGAGUGUGGAAAGAGUUUUACUCAGAGGGGGAGUUUACAGAAACAUCUACGGAUUCAUACUGGGGAGAAACCCUAUGAAUGUCUGGAGUGUGGAAAAACAUUCACUCAGAAAGUUACUUUGCAGACACAUCAAAGGAUUCACACUGGGGAGAAACCCUAUAUAUGUGUGGAAUGUGGAGACAGCUUCGCUGUCAUUGGACAUCUACGUAAGCAUAAAAGAACUCAUACAGCGGAGAAACCCUUUAAAUGCCAGGAGUGUGGAAAGAGCUUCACUCACAGUGAAGGUCUACAUAAGCAUUAUAAAACCCACACUGGGCGGAAAGGUUACAAAUGCUUGGAGUGUGGAAAGAGUUUUACUCGGAGUGGACAUCUACGUUCACAUCAGAGAACGCACACUGGGGAUAAACCCUAUACGUGUCUGGAAUGUGGCAACAGCUUCGCUGCCAUUGGAAAUCUACGUAAGCAUAAAAUAACUCACACUGGCGAGAAACCCUUUGAAUGUCUGGAAUGUGGAAAGAUAUUCACUCAUAGUGGAAGUUUACAGAAACAUCAAAGGAUUCACACUGGGGAGAAACCCUAUGAAUGUUCAGAGUGUGGAAAAACAUUCACUCAGAGUGGAAAUUUACAGAAACAUCAAAGGAUUCACACUGGGGAGAAACACUAUACAUGUGUGGAAUGUGGAGACAGCUUCGAUGUCGUUGGAGAUCUGCGUAAGCAUAAAAGAACUCACACUGGGGAAAAGCCCUUUAAAUGCCAGGAGUGUGGAAAGAGCUUCACUCACAAUGAAAGUCUACAUAGGCAUAAAAGAACUCACACUGGGGGGAAACCCUAUAAAUGUCUGGAGUGUGGUAAGAGUUUUACUCGGAGUGGGCAUCUACGUUCACAUCAGAGAACGCACACCGGGGACAAACCCUAUACGUGUCUGGAAUGUGGCAACAGCUUCGCUGCCAUUGGAGAGCUACGUAAGCAUAAAAGAACUCACACUGGCGAGAACCCCUAUGAAUGCCUGGAGUAUGGAAAGAGUUUUACUCAGAGUGGAAAGCUAGGUUCACAUCAGAGAACUCACACUGGGAAGAAACCUCAUGAAUGUCUGGAGCGUGGAAAGGAUUUUAUGUAUAGUGGAAAAUGGCGUUCACCUCUAAGAACUCUCACUGGGGAGAAACCCUUUAAAUGCCAGGAAUGUGGCAAGAGCUUCACUCACAGUGAAAGUCUACGUAGGCAUUAUAGAACCCACACUAUGGGGAAACUGUAUAAAUGCCUGGAGUGUGGAAAGAGUUUUACUCGGAGUGGACAUCUACAUUCACAUCAGAGAACUCACACUAGGAAGAAACUGUAAAUGUCUCGCAUGUGGACAGAGCUUCCCUGAGAGCGGAGAGCUACAUAAACAUAAUAGAACCCAUCUUGAGAAGAAACUCUAUACAGGCAGUCUACAAGUUACUAACAAGUUAGGUUUUAUAGCCUUGUUCCUGAGGUUAAUUUUAAGUGUAACUCCAUCCAAAUGUUAUGUAGAUAGAUUGAUAUGUUUUGUAUGGCAUACUUGAUAGAGUAUAUUGAUUUGGAUUUGAAAUUUUAUGUCUGUUUUUAAUAGAAUUGUUUUGGUGCUGCCUUAUGAUUUAUUAUGUUUACUAUGUUUAACUUUAUUGUGUGGUGUUUUUUGACAAUUAAAUGUUUUUAUGUUCAUGUUGGAAACUGCCCUGAGUCGUCCCGAGGAGAUGGAGUGGUAUAUAAAUAAAGUUUUAUUAUUAUCAUCA